UUAAAGCUAAGGAAGAAUGAUACCAGUGGAUCAGCCUCUCACUUCUUCCAUCUUCUGCAAGCCCUCUAAUUACUAUAUAUUACAUAGCUCUCUCUCUCUCUCUCUCUCUCUGGUGCUUGUACUCUCACUGCAACAAUGUUGGGAGGUCUUGUCUCUCCAGAAAGCUUGUCCUUGACGAGCGCCAUGGACAUGUCUGUACUCGAAAGGUUCAGAUGGCUGCAGCAGCAACAGCAAGUGUUGUCUCAGAACAGAGACAGUAAUAACAAUACUCCACCUGAACUUCUUCAGAUGCUUCAGCCCCCUGCGUCUUCCAAUGGAAGAGAGCUCAGUUAUGUCGGAAACAUCGAUGUUCUCAGCCAUUUUCCAAUGGUCGGAUCCGAUUUCGAAUCGAAUGACAACAGGGAUUUUGUUCUUCUCCCGCACCAUUCCGUUGAUGGCUGCAUUUCGAGGACUAGUAGCUGCCAAAUAGAACCCCGGGCGACAGAAGGACAAAUCGCAACGGCUCUGAACAAGAGGAAAUCAGAGCUUAAGACAGGAGAAGAACACACAGACAAGAAGAUCAAAAUGGAGGCGGAAACAGAACCAAUCAAGAAAGGAAAAUCCAACAUUAGCAACGCAGAAACAUCGUCAGACACUUCUAAGGAAACUUCCAAAGCUUCAGAGGUCAGAAAACCAGAUUACAUCCACGUGAGGGCUCGACGUGGCCAAGCCACUGACAGACACAGCUUAGCAGAAAGGGUGAGAAGGGAAAAGAUCAGCCAUAAGAUGAAAUGCCUGCAGGAUCUCGUUCCCGGUUGCGACAAGGCCACUGGCAAAGCCGGUAUGCUUGAUGAGAUCAUCAACUAUGUUCAGUCUCUCCAAAGACAGGUCGAGUUCUUGUCGAUGAAACUCGCUGUACUGAACCCAGAACAAGAAUUCGAUAUCGUUGAGUCAUCUGCGAAACAGUUUCAACAAGCUUACUUCACAAAUCUUCCCACAAUCUGGAAGCCGUCAUCAUCAGUAGUAACGGAUCAGGGUCUUGCUUCAUUUCCAUUAAACCAUCAAGGAUCUCUAGAUUUCUCCCUCACAACUCCGAACCAAGCACCAUCUCUCAACGCUAAACCUCGGACAUUGUCGAGAUGGGAAACUUGUUCACUGAGCCUCCACAACGCAUCUGGCCUCGGUUUCCAGUACUGAGAACCAUCGAACACGUUAUUUGCCAUUAUCAUACCAAUCAAUCAAUCGAUUCCAUUACAUAUUCAUCAAAGCAACAGGUUCACGAUCGGUUCUUGGUGAAAAUCCAGAAAAAUACGUUUAGGGUCAAGGAUUGGAACCAAUCCAGUGGGCUCACAUAUACAAGAUCAACUUGCAAAAUCCCAUGUUCUUGAUACCCCAUUGUUUAAUGGAUGUAUCCAUCAUUAAGGAAUUGAGAGAGAGAGAUUUUCAGUGUAGUAUACAUCAAUGUAAAAGCAGCUUUCAUUCUGUCAAGUGGGUCUAUACGUUUUUUUUUUUUUUAUAUCCCAAUUUGUCCCACCAAUAAUAUUAUCUCUAAGCUGUUUGAUUUU